CGAGGCGCAGCAACUCUCACAUUAAAGCACCAGAGCGUCGCAGGCGAGGAGUCUCUCUUUCGACCACGAACAUCGCUCGUGCUUGCCCAUAUUAUAUAUAUAUAUAUACAGAUAGAGCUCAUUUUAUGCUUGGUACGUUCAGUGUAAAACAAUAACAAUAACAUCCAAGUUAAUAUAAGUUCAUAAAUCGGCUGCGCAGUGGGCAGAUCUUGAAGUAAGAUAACAACGCAGUCUUCCGUGCAGUGCUGAUCGGAAGAUUGACUCGCUGUGCGUGUGCAGCUGCAGCUCUAAUAUUAUCGUACACACAUUGACUGGCGAGAAUCGCUCGCUCGUGUAGCUGGCUGUUGCUGAACUCGAGGGGCGCCUACUCGACCAAACUUGAGAAGUGGUGUUGCUGGCUAGCUCUAACCAUCUCGACAAUUUGAAGGUUUGAGUUUCUCUCUAACGUCGUUGGUAUAGCAGGAUUAUACGUUAUAUAUCUCCGCCAACCGUAGCGUCCGAGCUCCAUAGCGCGUACCUAUAUACGCACGCAUACCACGUCCUAUUCGUGACGAAGUGAGUGCGCCGUGUCGACGCCAUAUUGUUUGAAAGCCGUUCUGUCGGAUAAUUCUCUGCGGAAAGCUCCCUCGGGAGUGCCGAGUACUCGAAUUCGAGUGCAUAUUAGCCGUGAGAGUGACGAGGUCCUUGUGUUGAACCAGCUGUAAGCCGUGAGUUCCGCGCGAGUCGCCAAGAGGACCGAACAACAACUGCUCGUCGCUGCAGCUUUACGAGCCGUUCAAGUGUGUGUGCGUGUGUGUGCGAGCGUGUGUUUCCGUCUUCGUCUCUCUGCAGUGCUCGCUACGAACUCGAUCUCGUGCGUGUGCAUCGCAUUCGUCGACAGCAGCGCAGCACAAUAGUGCAAUACAGCAGCAUCGUCUCUAGGAUUUCAUUGUCUUUGUAUACAGACGACACAGCAUCUGCAGUAGAUUAUCGCGAUGGCUUGUGCAACGCUCAAAAGAUCCUUGGAGUUCGACCCAGUGCACAGUCACGUAAGGCCCAGCAAACGAAGAAGAUGCGCGCCCAUGUGUGGUUCGCCCUCGCCGAGCACCAGUCAAGCUCUCGGGGCACGCAAGACACAGAGCCCCUUCAGCGACGUUCACCAAAAGCUCACUCCAGAAAAAAUGGCUGCCAAUCUUCGUGAGGAGAUUCGUAGACUACAUAAACGCAAACAGCUCUUCAAUCAGGGAGAUGAGGUAGAGGGUCCAUCUAGUCCUUCAACUCCAUCUUGUUCAACUAUUUUUAGCAAUUCUACUACCAGUCCAAGCAGCAAAGAAAAACCACUUUUCACAUUUAGACAGGUUGGGUUAAUUUGUGAGAGGAUGCUGAGAGAACAGGAAUCUAAAAUUAGAGAGGAAUACGAUCAGAUUUUAAAUCUCAAAUUAGCUGAACAAUAUGAUGCAUUUGUCAAAUUUACUUAUGAUCAGAUACAAAAAAGAUUUGAAUCCAGUGCAGUUCCAAGCUAUUUGUCCUAAAAACAACUUUAGCGCUUAGAAAGAUUCUUUUCAAACCAUAAGAUUUUUGCCAUUCAAGUGGACAAAAACUUGUCAGUCAUGUUAUUUGAAGAAUGUUAUGUGAAAAAAAUUAUAGCGAAGAACCACCUGAAUGAAAAUUUGAUCUGUGGAAAAAAAUAGCCAUGGAAAUUUAUAGCUUAGUAAGUUUAGUGAGUUUUCAGUGAACAGCAACUACUCUUAAAAUAAAUCAUCAACUACAUAUGCUAGUUGAACUAACAGUGUUUAUAAUAUGUAGAAUAAUAUAGUUAAGCGCUGGUAUCAGGGAACUUUUUUGAAAAUAAAUUAUAUCUCAAAAUUUCUGUAGAUAAUAUUUUGUAUUUGAUUUAAGAAAAGUGCAAAAAUUUCUUGAAAUUUAUUUUAAAGCUAAUAUAAUAUCAUAAAUUCAUAUUGAGCCACAAACAAUAGAUCAACUUUUUCAUAUUUUAAAAAUAUGUAUAAAAUUUCUCUAGUAUGAAUUAUAUAAUCUGGCAGAUUUGUUACCUAAAAAGUCACCAUGUUUAUUGGUGAUUUUUCUGUCAACUGCUUGUCAAAAUCUAUGCUUAGAUACAAAAAAACUUUGCAUAGGUAAUGUGAUAAAAGUUGUUACUCCUUUAGGGAAGUUGGACGUGAAAAUUGAAAGUCUAGAGUGGCAUUACAGUGCAAUUUCCACGUAAAUAAAGCGUUGCUGAUAUUUACCUAUGAUUGCCUAUGGCAUUGUAAAAGAAGAAUGUAAAACUGUUGAUAUCGUAAAUAAUUUUCUAGCACCAAAAACUUGUGAAUUAUGCAAACUAAGUUCUUUACGUAAGUUAUAAACAGCUCAUUGCAACUCUAUAUGCUUUGAGUGUAUUUAAAUAGGAUUUAAUGUCAAUAGUCAUCUAAGUUGAUCAUCUAACAGUCCUUUAAUAACGUCUAACAAUCAAAUCAAGCCGUGUUGCAGUUUAGAUUCUUGCAAUGAGAAUUGAGACUUUAAUUUUCUAUAACUUUUACAUUUAGUGAAAAAUGAUAAUUCUUCAUCAUCUAUAAUAAUAGUGUGAUUUGAAUAUUUUAAGAUUUAUGAUUCUCUGUAAAAAAAACUCCCAAUAUAUUUUUUGUAGAAAAACAAAUGCUUCUUAAAAUGACAAACGUGCCAUUGUGUCAAAAUUCACUGCCUCAAGCUUUAUAAAUUGAUAAUCUGGACGUUUAUAGGCAUCAUUAAGCUGUUCUACUCAUGAGCUCAUAUAAAAUGAACAUUGUAUAGUUAUAAUCAAUUUUUAGUACAUUGAAGCAUUUUCAAAAAAUAAAAAUUCUUUUUUCUCUUGACUUCAAUAAAAUCUUUCGAGUAAAACAUUUUAGUAAUUAUUCAGUGUAAAGUUAUUAUUUGUAAUAAUAAAAAAAAAAUAAAUAUAACAUUUAUUUAUAAAAAAAAUUGUUAUUAAAAAAAUCAUUAGUUUUGCACUUUGAACUGUACCGACGAAUUGUAAGUAAUAAAUAUUUGAAAAAAAAUU